AUGGCCGACUUGUUUCAAAGCGAGAAUACGAGCGUCGACGCUUCACACAAAUCCGAGGCCAGCUGGGAAGAAUGGUGGACCUACGACGGAAUUUCAGGUGCUGCGUUUUGGGGUUUGAUAAAUCCCCAGUGGUCAAUGUGCAGCAAUGGAAGAAGACAGAGUCCUAUCAACAUCGAGCCUGACAAGCUCCUCUUCGACCGCCACUUGAGACCGGUGUUGGUCGACAAACACAAGGUUUCUGGACAUUUGCACAACACCGGUCAGUUCCUGGUGUUCAGAGCGGAUCGGGAAGCAAAGGUUCGAGUCAAUAUAACGGGUGGUCCUUUGGCCUAUCACUACCAAUUCGAGGAGAUCUACAUUCACUACGGGCUGGAAAACGAUCAUGGCUCGGAGCAUCAAAUCAACAACUACGCUUUCCCCGCCGAGAUACAAGUGUACGGGUUCAACGCGGAGCUGUAUCACAACAUGAGCGAGGCGCAGCACAAGAGCCAGGGACUGGUCGCCAUCUCGAUUAUGGUCCAGCUGGGGGAGACGCUGCAUCCGGAGCUGCAGAUCAUAACCAGCGUGUUCAACAAAGUUAUUCAUCGCGGCGAUUCGGUGCCAGUUCGUCACCUGUCGCUGAUGAGUCUGCUUCCAGACACGAAAGGUUACAUGACUUACGAGGGUAGCACGACUCACCCCGGAUGUUGGGAGACGGCUGUGUGGCUGAUCCUCAACAAACCCAUCUACAUUACCGCGCGAGAACUUUACGCACUAAGGAAACUAAUGCAAGGUCCGGUUAACGCUCCGAAAGCACCCUUGGGAAACAAUUCGAGGCCGCUGCAGAAUCUUCAUUACAGGACUAUACGGACGAACAUCGAUUUCCGCAAGCGACCGGAUGCAAAGUGUCCGUCGAUGGCGCAGGAGAUGCACUAUAGAGAUGACUUUUUCUUUCCAGCCAACACGUGGCAGGACGAUGGCUCCCUCUCGCACAACAUCGUUUGAAUCGGAGCCGUACGGCCACCGAGGGCGGACGUUUCAUUUCUAAACGAACGGUGCCGAUUCCAUCUCCCAACGGACAGAAACAAACACGAGGUCAAAUAGGCUUAAAACGAGAAGGGUCACGCGGUUUCAGGGAACUCGAUUCGUCCAACACGGCCAGAGAGAGAGAGAGAGAGAGAGAGAAAGGGAGAAAACUUUUUGACGCCUUUGCUCGACGUUGGAUCAACGGGACGCGGGGAAUUGAACGAAAAACGGUGAUCGCGGGAAAUCACGGGGACGCGAGGAUAAUUAGGCAGAGAGAAUAAUCGACAGAGCUUUUCGGUGUUUCGAUAAGAUUACCGAUUCGCGUUUGAUCCCUAGCGGCGACCCGUCGCUGAAGAAGAUUCACGAGCUACAAGCCCUGACGCCGUUUCUCUCGACCAACCGAUUGUCAACGGGGAUGAUAAGUGUAUUCCCCGGGCGACGGGAAUUUGUAUUUGCCAAACGGAUACAUUUACGAAAUCGUUCCCGUCAUUCUUUCCAACCGCCAAACCGACGAGAACGAAACUGCGAGCGAACGGUUUGUGGAUAUGUCGAUAAAGGUAAUUAAAUAUUCAACCCUCGCGAUCUCGAGACGCGAAUUCCACGCUUUCCAGUUGUUUUCUUAAC